CAAUGGCGGCCCGAAUGGGUCCCUCGCGCACGCCGUGUCGCUGCAGUUAUACCCGAGAGACGGCGCCGAGACGUCUCCGCCGCUGGGCUGGAGGGCGAUGGUUCGAGGCCUGCGGGUGUGGCGCAACUAGCCGGGCGGAGGGUGACUUGGAUCAAGAUGUUUUCAAAAUGGGGCUUGUCAGCGCAUGGUGUCUAUAUUCUCCUAAGCAUUUACUACUUUGGAGUUUCAGAUGGAUUUCUGAACAUGUGUGGCUAUAUCGUCCCAGAGUCUCCAGUAGUACUGUCCACUGGUUCUAAUUUUACAGCAUUUUGCGUUCUCAAAGAUCCUUGUCCUCCUUAUGGCAGAAUUCGUGCUGAACAAGUUAUCUGGAAAACUAAAACUACAGUUGUCCCUAAAGAACAAUAUAGCAUAAUAAAUGAAACUGUUUCUAGUGUAACAUUCAGAGAUACUUCUAUGUUGGUUUCUCCUCUGACUUGCAACAUUUUACUACCAGGGGAUUUUAUUCAGAACAUCUAUGGAAUUCAAAUUCAACAGGGCUUUCCUCCCGAGAAGCCUACAAAUUUGAGCUGCAUUGUGAUUCAAACACAAGUGACAGCCUUUAUUCAACAAUGUUCCUGGGAACCUGGAAAGGAUACAUUUCUAAGCACUAAUUAUUCUUUAAAGUCUAGAUGGCCAAAUAAAGAAUUUCCUGAUUGUAUACCCCAAGACACUAAUAAUUCUUGUACCACUUCUUCUGUCGUCUUCUAUGUCACCCUGGAAGUAUGGGUGGAAGCCAAAAAUGAACUUGGGGUAGCUGAAUCUGACCACAUUGAAUUUGAUCCCAUAAAAUAUGUAAAACCUCUGCCUCCACACAAGCUGUCCCUCAAUUCGGGAGAAUUUCCUAGAAUCCUAAAGCUGUCAUGGGAAAACAGAUUUAAUGAAUCACCACAGGAGCUGAAAUACAAAAUUCAAUAUAAGACUUCUGAUAGCACUGUUUGGACUGAGAUUCCACCUGAGGAUACAGCUUCAUUGAGAACUUCCUUUACUAUCCAGGAACUAAGGCCAAAUACACAGUAUACGAUUAGACUGUGUUAUGCAGUUUAUUCAUCAAAGUACUGGAGCAAUUGGAGUGAAGUAGUUGGAUUCACUGCUGAAGACAGACCAUCUAAAGGACCAGCUCUUUGGCGUAACAUUAAGACUUCUGACUCAACAGGAAAUUGGACUUUGAGACUUCUCUGGAAGGAGUUGAAUCCUUCCGAAGCAAAUGGAAUAAUUUUGAAAUAUGAAGUAUUUAUUUCAGGAAGACCACCACUUUCUUUUCCAACUAGAUAUUACACUCUGAAUACCACCCAACUGACUUUAAAUGUACAAAGUGGGACAUAUGACGUAAGCGUUACAGCAUUUAACAAAGUUGGUAAAUCUCCUACAUCAGUUUUGUUUAUUCCAGCAACUGAUUCAAAAGCUUCUGUGAAAAAUGUUGUUGCAUUUCCUGAAGGUGGCAAACUCUGGGUAAAUUGGACAGCUCCCAAAGAGUCAGUCAGUAAAUACAUAAUUGAAUGGCAUGAAGCAUGUAGCAAUUUAAGCUGCACUACUGAAUGGCAGCAGGAACCUGGUUCAAAACAGAGAAUAUUUCUAAAAGGAAACAUAGAGCCAUACAAGUGCUACAUAAUAACAGUGUACCCAUUAUAUAUUGGUGGUCAAGGAGAAGGAAAAUCAACCCAGGCCUACCUUCAACAAGGUGUGCCUGCUAAUGGACCCACUGUUCGAACAAAGAAACUUGGAAAAUUUGAAGCUGUUUUAGAAUGGAACUCUCUUUCAGUGGAGGAACAAAAUGGGUUUAUCAAAAACUACACUAUUUCUUAUAAAACAGUGACUGGAGUUGAAAAAGUUGUGCCUGUGGACCCUUCAAAAACAGAGUACUUACUGUCAUCUUUAUCAAGUAACACUUUGUAUAUGGUGCGUAUGACAGCAUACACUGAUAGUGGAGGAACAACUGGUCCUCUUUUUACAUUUUCCACAAAUAGAUUUGGUAAGUUUUGUAUAUAAAUAUUCCAGUUUUUG